AUGUCUGAUCUUUUUAAUGGUGUGGUUGCAUCAAGAACAAGAUGGAAGCACUUAGACAACAUCCUCCAUAAAGCAGGGCCGUUCUCUGAUGAAGAUUGGAUCCCUGGCGAAGAAGUCAUACGGACGUUGGAAUCAUCGAAAGUACUAGUAAUGUAUGUACAGCAAGUUUCGCCUGCUCUUGUAUCUGAUCCUGGCAAUAGUGGAGCAGGGGGGUUAGGAUGCGAAAUUCUGAAGAACCUAGCCUUAUCAGGCUUCAAGAACAUUCAUGUCAUCGAUAUGGACACUAUUGAUGUCUCGAAUCUCAACCGGCAAUUUCUCUUCAGGGAGGCAGAUGUUGGGAAGCCAAAGGCCGAAAUAGCUGCAGCUUUCGUCGAGAAGCGAGUCAAAGGCGCCGUAAUCACACCGUACAACGGCAAGAUCCAAGACAAAGACGAGGAAUACUACAAGCAAUUCAAUGUCAUAGUAUGCGGAUUGGAUAGCAUAGAAGCGCGUCGCUGGAUCAACGCCACCUUAGUCGACAUGGUGGAUGAAAAUGACAUGGAGAGCCUCAAGCCGUUGGUCGAUGGUGGGACAGAAGGUUUUAAAGGUCAAACCAAAGUCAUUUUGCCGACUAUAAGUUCGUGCAUUGAAUGUCAACUCGACAUGCAUGCGCCGCGUGCAGCGGUACCUCUCUGCACGUUAGCGACCAUCCCACGACAGCCAGCACAUUGCAUUGAGUGGGCCCAUAUAAUAGCGUGGGAAGAGGAACGCAAAGACGACGUUCUCGACAAUGAUGAUCCAGAACACAUCACCUGGUUGUACGAAAAAGCCCUAGGACGCGCUAAAGAGUUCAAUAUACCCGGUGUAACUUAUUCAAUGACCCAAGGCGUCGUGAAGAACAUUAUUCCAGCUAUCGCCUCCACUAAUGCCAUAAUAGCCGCCAGCUGUUGCAACGAGGCUUUCAAGAUCGUCACCACCAGCAAUCCAUUCCUAACUAAUUACAUGAUGUACACCGGCGAUGAGGGUAUCUACACCUACACCUUCGAGCAUGAAAGGAAAGAGGACUGUGCCGUCUGUGGUAACCUCGCCAAGAGCAUCGCAGUCAAUGCAGACGUCACGCUGCAAGAAUUCUUGGACAGCUUAGGAGAGCGACCUGAAGCGCAGCUCAAGAAGCCAUCCAUUCGAAGCGGCACUGGUACCCUUUACAUGCGUUUUCCACAAAGCCUGGAGGAGCAGACGAGACCAAAUCUCGAGAAGAAGCUCAAGGAUUUGGUGAGUGACGGAGAAGAGGUCGGUGUUUCGGAUCCUGCCUUCCAAAUAUCAUUCAAAUUUAAGCUCACAUUUGAGCCAUGA